UGUGUGUCCUUAGUGACACGUGUUCAGUGACCCCUGCGUGUCCUUGGUGACACCUGUUCGGUGGCCCCUGUGUGGCCGCAGGAGGAAGUUUGAGGAGGGCUGGGUGUGGCCCCGGGGGGGCGUGGCCCCAGCCGGGUGUGGCACCUGCGUCACCUGUGCCCUCUUAUUUCUGCCCCUGCCGGGCACCGCGGCCACAGAGCCACGGCGGGCGGGAUACUGGGAGCACUGGGAAGGGCUGGGAGCUGCACCUGGAGUUAACUGGGAGCCACUGGGAGCCACUGUCAACCAUGAAGCUCCCUCCGAGCUGCCGCCUGCUCCUGCUGCCGGUGGCCGCGGCGCUGACCCUGCUGGCCCUGCACGCCCGGCACUCGCUGCCCCCUCCCAGCACCACCGCCCCCCCCAGCCCGACCCCGCGCCCCGGCAACGCCACGGAGCCGCCGCGGCCGCCGCGGCACCCGCUGCAGCCGCCGUACCCCUACCCCUACCGCUUCCUGCUGAACCACCCCGACAAGUGCCGGGAGCGGGCGCCGUUCCUGGUGCUGCUGGUGGUGACGUCCCCGGCCGACCUGGCCGCGCGCGACGCCGUGCGCCGCACCUGGGGCGACGAGAGCGCCGUGCCGGGGCUGACGGUGCUGCGGCUCUUCCUGCUCGGCGUGCACCCCGUGUUCGGCGCCGAGCUGCGCCCCGUGCUGCAGGAGGAGGACGCGCUGCACGGGGACCUCCUGCAGCAGGACUUCCUGGACACCUACAACAACCUCACGCUCAAGACGCUGAUGGGGCUGGAGUGGGUGAGCCGCUUCUGCCCCAACGCCAGCUACGUGAUGAAGGCCGACCACGACGUCUUCCUCAACCUGGAGUACCUGGCGGGGCUGCUGCGGCCGCCCAGGACCGACUUCCUGACGGGCUACGUGUACCGCUGGACCGGGCCGCUGCGGAACCGCGCCUACAAGUGGUUCGUGCCGCGCGAGGUGUACCCCAACGACACCUACCCGCCCUACUGCGGCGGGCCGGCCUACGUGCUCUCGGGGGACCUGGCGCUGCGCGUCUUCGGCGUGGCGCAGACGCUGCCCGUCAUCAACAUGGAGGACGCCUUCGUGGGCAUCUGCCUGCACGCGCUGGGCGUGGCCGUCACCGACCCGCCGCCCGGCGCCUUCACCAUGUACCGGCUGGACUACGACAGGUGCCGCUUCUCCCGGCUCGUCAUGGUGCACCACUACGGGCCCCGGGAGCUGCUCCGGGUGUGGCCGCACUUCCGCAACGCGUCCGUCAAGUGUCCCUAGGGCGGGGACGCGCCGGGCUCUGCCCGGCGUCCCCUUUCCGCUGGCUGUCACUGGGAGCCGCUGGUCGUAGCUGGGAUCUCGCGGUGUCACUGGGAUCCACUGGCUGUAACUGGGAUCUUGCAGUGUCACUGGGAUCCACUGACUGUAACUGGCAUCCACUGGCUGUAACUGGGAUCUCGCAGUGUCACUGGGAUCCACUGACUGUAACUGGCAUCCACUGGCUGUAACUGGGAUCUCGCGGUGUUACUGGGAUCCACUGACUGUAACUGGGAUCCACUGGCUGUAACUGGGAUCUCGCAGUGUUACCGGGAUCCACUGGCUGUAACUGGGAUCUCGCGGUGUUACCGGGAUCCACUGACUGUAACUAGGAUCUGCCGGUGUCACUGGGAUCUGCCGGUGUCACUGGGAUCCAGACUGUAACUGGGAUCUCUCGGUGUCACUGGGAUCCACUGGCUGUAACUGGGAUCUCCCAGUGUCACUGGGAACCACUGGUGUUACUGGGAUCCACUGGCUGUAGCUGAGAUCCACUGACUGUAAAUGGGAUCCACUGGUGUCACUGGGGUCCACUGGUGUCACCGGGAUCCACUGGCUGUAACUGGGAUCUCCUGGUGCUGUCCCUGGAGCAGCCGCUGCACCUCGGGGUCCCCCCGAGGCCGUUCCUGUCCCUCUGAGCCGCCGGAGCAGCUGCUCCAUCCAUUCACCGAGUCGCCGUUUGGUUAUCGAGGAUCCAUCAGGGCCGGGAUCCGCCCGGAUCUGGGAUCUGCCGUGCCGCGUUAACUUAUAUCCAAUGUUUUUAAUAAAAGGCCUGGAGCCUCGUCUGUG